AUGAAUAGACCAGGUUCGUCGAUUUCUUUAUACCCCUCCAAGUCCUCAUCCGCCCUACCACCAGCGAUUGUGUUUGAUUCCAAGUGGUACUUCCGAAAUGGGAACACAAAGAUGAUGCUAACUCUCUCAUUCUUUGCAUUAGGACCCGGUCCACAGCCGCUACGAGGCAUGUCCGGAUUCCCCGCUCAACAGCCAGCUCAGGCUCGGAAUGCGAUAUUGACAUCUGCGCGAUUACCAAAUGGAAAGCUAGUUGAACUAUCUCGAGGACUGACAUCGAUCUCUAUUAGUGAAUUCCCUUCCCUUUCAGGCGCAGCACAGCAAUCACAAUCCCAAAAUCCAGGACAACUUGUGUGGGCCAAUGCUAGCCAACGAGCUGCGCAGCACACUCCGGUUCAAAGACAGCAACACCCGGCCACAACACAAGCCCCCUCUCGAACCUCCCAAGGUCACGAUGACAUGUUCCCUUCAGGCUCACAGUUUGCCAAUCGACUUGAUGAUUUCAGAAAUGGUGCCCAAGGCAUCAGCGGCCAGCUAGCGGCGGGUAGCCAGCCCCAGACAGGCAAUAUCGACGAGUUUCCCCCUUUGGGUCGUAAUGUUGCCGCUGAGCUUGGACAGGAUCGCCGGACAUCCAUAUUGCAAGGUACUGGGUUUGGAAGCUACAAUUCGGGUAUAGGAACUUCACGUUCACCUGUGAGUCAAGGCCCUAACGGAGGUUUGAGCCAAGAAAAAGAAGACUUGAGCAGCACCCUGAUGUCAGGUCAACGCAACUUUAGCGACUCACAAUUGCAGCAACGACAACAGACAAGCGGACAAGAUAUUUCCGCGGUAACUGGGCAAAGUGCAGAGCAACCGCCUUUAGCUCAAAUGAGUGAACUUGACCGAUUCGGUCUGGCUGGACUUUUGCGCCAGAUCCACAGCGAAAGCCCUGAUGUUGCCAGUCUCGCAGUAGGCCAGGAUCUUAUGACACUUGGCCUAGACUUGAAUCAGCCUGAACCUCUGCAUACCACCUUUGCGUCACCAUUCGUUUCCUCAACGUCUCUCGUACCUCUAGAGCAGGACUUUUCCCUGCCCGCUUGCUACAAUGUCGCCAAUAUUCAACCUCUCCAGUCACGAAUCCCCGGUUUUGCCGACGAGACAUUGUUCUACAUUUUCUACAGUAUGCCUCGGGAUAUUAUUCAGGAACUGGUCGCAGAAGAGUUGAUGGGACGCAAAUGGCGUUAUCACAAGCUGGAGCGCUGCUGGUUGACUCGCGACGAGACAUAUCCUGGCCCAGUGGACGUGGAACGGGGCGUGAGUGAGCGUGGAGUUUACCUUCUCUGGGACCCCACCACCUGGAAAAAGAUUCGUCGCGAAUUUUGCCUUCGCUACGAUGAUUUGGACAACCGCCUUGAUCUGGGUCGAGGUCUUAGUCGACCGGUUGCCUCAACACAGUCAUAA